AUGUCGUCGUUAACCAACAGGAGCAGCAGCACCAGCAGCAUCAAGGUCAAGUUUAACAAAACGUCGUGCUACUUUUGCAACGAAUGGCUCGAGAACGAACAAAUUGAGGCUCACCUAGUUGCGUGCGGACAGGUAUCGGAACGGUGUUCCAACGGUUGUGGAGCACGUGUGCCCCGUAAGGAAAUGGAUCGCCACCUGAACCGGUGUCCGGCGGGUUUCGGGGAGGAACCCAAAACGAACGGGGUCGGCUCUCCGAAGGCGAGUGAGAAAAUUCACGAAUUAGAACGGGAAAUAGUAGAGAAAAUCUUUGAACUCGAACAGGAAAUAGUCGCUUUACGAGGAACGUUGAACGAGGAAAUUCGUCAACGUUUGGCGCUGAUUACCGAUAUCGGGCAGUUGAAGAAACGUGCCCAGCUGGCGGAUGAGUGGACCGGAAAGGUUGGAGAAGUGCUAAAUGCACUGAAGAAAUGUAUCAACGAGGAAACCGAAAGCCGCUGUGUGGACAUAGAACGGUGCAAGAUUGACAUCAAUGGACUGCUGAAACAAUCCGAGCAAAUGGAAUCGUGGCGUGUGAAGCUCAUCACUCGGCUGAACCAAGCGGAAGAGGAAAUGGAAAAAGUCCAAGCUGCUGCUGCUGCUGCUGCAGUAGCAGCACGUCAACCAUCACCGCCACAGUCAAAGCCGGAGGAUGCAGGUGGCACGUCGAAAACCAGAGACGCUAAACUGGUGAUGAUUGAAAGCCGUCUGAAUCAUCUGCAAGCGGAGCUGGAAAGUCUUGCGGUGACGAUGAAAUCACAAGCCACAGACCAGAAUCGACAGCAGCAGCAGCAGCAAAAUUCAACCGACAACGAAGCACGAGCCGCAAUCGAAGAAAUCGAAAGCAAACUGCAAACGGUUGAUGUGGUUCUGGAGGAUCAUCACAAUUCCAUUCGCUCGGUGAUGUCUGCUUCACCCACAGGUAGGCUAUUUUUCAGUACAUUUUUCGGUACAUCAAAGGUGGAAUUUUUUCAUUCCCUCUGGAAAAUUAAAACAAAACGGAGUCUCUUUCAGAGCGACAUCAGCCGGCAGAUGUUCGAACUGCGCGGCGAGUCCGAUCCGAUGCGGCUCGUCAUUCAGGAGAUGCUGGACAAGCAGGCCAAGCUGGACUACGAGCUGAAGGGUGCGCUGAAUAUGGCGCACGAAACCGAGGACAGUUCGGAGCGGAUUCAGAAAACGCUGGACAAGUACCGGCGGGAAACGUACUACACCAAGCAGUGCCUGGACGAUCUACAGGUGCACCUGCAGCAUCAGGAGAAACUGCUGGUGCUGCAGAACACCGACGGGCAUCUGAUUUGGCGCAUCGAUCAGUUCGAGCGGCGUUUCAAGGAAUCGCAGGAGAAUGAGGUGAUGCUGAAGAGUCCACUGUUCAGCAAUAAACCGUUUGGGUACACUCUAAGGCUGGAGGCAAGCCUGAACGGCAUCGGAACCUGGCGGAAUCGCAAUCUGAUCGUGGGCCUAAUUGUGGUCAGUGGUUUCUACGACAAUCUGCUCGAGUGGCCGUGCGUCCUCAGCGGGACGGUGACGUUGCGUGAUCAGCCCGUCCUGCAGAACGAAAGCGAAGGCAAGCCGACGAAGGUGCAGGAUUUUUGCAAACCAAUUUUGGCCCGUCGAAAGCAUCAGCACUACGAGAAGAAUCAGUACAUUCACAUACCGCACCAGGUGCUACGGUCCGAGAACUACAUCCGGGACGACACCAUCUUUCUGGAGGUUCGGAUCGAACGGCGGCAGCAGCAGCAGUAG